AUAGGAAUUCUUAAAAAUAGGUUGAGGCUUAAUUGCUAUUUGGUACCACGAACAAAGUUGUGGAUCUGAUCCGCUAGUCCAUGUCUCUUCUCCCUUCAGUCUCCCUCAAGUACAUUCCAAGAUCUGUCAAAAAUGUUGCACAUGUUCUUGUUAGGGAAGCUCUUCGGCUCGACGAGGACUAUUAGACUAUUAGUUGAGAAACAUUGUUUCUACUCUUUGGGCUGCUACUUCCCGUUUGCUUUCUCUUUGGUUGUAGCUCCUUCAAAAAAAAAAAAGUUGAGAGUUUGGCGCCAAUUUAAUCUUCUUUGGAAACUACGCCAAACACACCUUACCAGAUAGGAAACUCAUCAUUUAUACGGGAAAUUUCACCUUUUUUUUUUGUUUUUAUUUUUUUGAUAACUUACGGGAAAUUUCACUUAACAUCUGCAUAAGUCCACUUUAUUCGGAAGAUGGAAAAGUAAUACAUGUCCAGCAGACAAGAGUAUUUAGUUGAAUAUAAACCACGUGGCACUCCCACAACUUGGCACAAAUUUAGGACCAAACUACUCAGUAAAGAAGCGUUUCCGAAAACCAAAAGCAAAGCAUUUUCAAACAAAACAAAACAAAAUCGAGAAAUGGAGAAAAAAAACCAAACCAUGGAACAAAGCGCCUCCAUCAAUCUCUCAACACCAAUCAGAUGCAUCGUCAAGCUCGGGGGGGCAGCAAUUACUUGCAAGAAUGAACUAGAGACAAUACAUGAUGAAAACCUCAAGGAGGUUUCAUUGCAGCUGAGGGAAUCCAUGAAUGUGCAGUCGCCUUCUGGCAAGAUUCUUGGGAUGGAUUGGAGCAAAGGAGCUGGAGAAUCAGAAAUUUCAUGCAGCAUAAAUGAUUUUAGUGCUGUGCCAGCAAUGGAUUCCAGCUCAUUUAUUGUUGUUCACGGUGCAGGUUCUUUUGGGCACUUUCAAGCUAGUAAAUCUGGGGUUCAUAAAGGAGGACUGAACAAACCUCUUGUUAAGGCUGGUUUUGUUGCUACGCGCAUUUCUGUUACAAAGCUCAAUCAUGAAAUUGUUAGAGCUCUAGCCAGAGAGGGUAUUCCUUCUGUUGGAGUGUCUCCAUUUUCAUGUGGAUGGUCAACCAAUAUGAGAAAUAUAGCUUCAGCUGAUUUAUCUGCAAUGACUAAUGCUAUUGAUUCUGGUUUUGUACCUGUUACCCAUGGAGAUGCUGUACUUGAUGAUGAACUGGGAUGCACCAUACUGAGUGGAGAUGUUAUCAUACGACAUCUGGCAGCACACUUCAAGCCCGAAUUCGUAGUUUUUAUGACAGAUGUUCUUGGGGUAUACGACCGACCACCAUUGGAUAGCACUGCAGUGCUGUUGAGAGAAAUUGAAGUGCAUGAAGAUGGGAGCUGGUCAGUUGUGAAGCCAACACUUGAGAACAUAAGUAAAGUGAAAACAGAUGUAGCAGCUCACGACACAACAGGGGGCAUGGAGACCAAGAUUUUGGAAGCUGCCAUGAUUGCAAGACUUGGGAUAGAUGUCUACAUAGUCAAGGCGGGAACAAACCAUUCUUUGAGGGCAUUGCGUGGUGAAUUGAGAGGCAAUGUUCCUGAAGACUGGCUUGGGACAGUAAUUCGAUUUUCAAAAUGAUCUAACUUAAAUUGAAUAAAAUAACUUUUUUUAUUCUUUUGUCCACAUGAGCCAUUAACUUGAUGAAGCGCACAAAACUCACGGUUGAAACUUCCAUGAGACUCUAAAUCUCUUAUUUUGUGGGGAAAAUGAGAUGAAGACACGUCAAAUUCUGACAUUCAUACUGCAAGCACGUACUUGAGUUCACUCAAUCUGCUAGACAUUAGAUCAUUCUAGUUUCAAGUACUUUUUCGUUUGCCUGCCUACUGAUGAAUAUAACUCUACCUAAUACGCUCACAUUUUCAUGUAUUUUCUUCGAAAUUUAUUUUAUUGACCCAGUUAUAUAGACACAUUUGGAUCGUGGUGAAGAGCAUGGUUAGGGUUCUGCAGCCAUCACCAAAAGAUAGAGAUUUGAAGUUAUUUGAAAGCCCCAAACAAGCCCAGAUAAAUAAAACAACAGGACAUAAUUGCAUCGUUCUAUCCGGGCCAACUAAUCAAAUGGAAUGCUUUUAGUCACACAACGACCAUAGCAUAAACUCCGCCUCGAGCAUAGAGCAAAUACGACACAAGAAACAAAAACUUGCCUUGGACAGACAAUUCGCUAUUAAUAAUAAUGGCUUGCUCUUUUCAUUUUGAAUUGAAAAAUUGCAAGUUCGUGUCAUACAAACCCAAAAUAAAGAAACCCAAAGCAAAACAAGACUAGGAUCAAUCCUGGAAAGUCGCAAGCAAAAAUUGUUUGGUUGACGUACCCUCGAAAGUCGUAACCUACAAUCUAUAUCAAAACUUGGAAUCAGUAUACUAACUACUAAGCAGGGCGAAUUACUCUUUUAGCUGAGUUAACUGCCAAUACUGGCAAAAUAGCUGACUUAAUUUGCCAAUACUGGCAAAUUAGAUACAAAUACAAAGAUUGGAUUGCACGUUUUGCCGGUUCAUACAACAUUAAAAAAAAUAUUGAAGUUGAAUAUGAUAAUUUUGGUAACAUCUCAUUCAGAAUAAUUUGCAGGAAAAAUAAAAUAAAACGUGACCACAUAUUCUCAAAGCAAAUAAAACCACCAUCAACAACAAAGCUGUAUCACAAUAAAUUUAUGGUCUUAAGAUAAAAAAACAUUUUGAGUUUUGAUAGAGCAACACGCAAUGAACUACUUGGGGCCAAUGUCCUUAAGGGCACAGAUCUGCUCCUCUCCC